AGCAGCAGCACCUGCCCCAUUUCCCAUUUCCCAUUCCCUGCGAGUCCUCUCAUCAACUGGUGGAGCAAGGAACGACAACAACCACCUCCACCUUUUUGCGCAGCCACCCUCCGCCUUGCCGUUAUUUCCCCUUUCACUCCUCGCGUUUUUACACUUGGCUCCCAUGCCCAGUCAAAUCUAAUCCCAAUCCACUCCUCCCCUCCCCCCGCCAUGCCGACGCCGGUGCCCGCCGCGCGCCAGUGCCUCGCCCCGCCCGCCGUCACGGCGCUCGACGCCGCCGUCGCCUCCGCGCGCCGCCGGGCGCACGCGCAGACCACCUCCCUCCACCUCAUCGCCUCGCUGCUCGCGCCCACCGCCGCCCCGCUGCUCCGCGACGCGCUCGCCCGCGCCCGUAGCGCUGCCUACUCGCCGCGCCUCCAGCUCAAGGCGCUCGACCUCUGCUUCGCCGUCUCCCUCGACCGCCUCCCCUCCACCCCAACCUCCUCCUCCGCCUCCAGCAGCAAUGACCAGCACGAGCCCCCCGUCGCCAACUCCCUCAUGGCCGCCAUCAAGCGCUCCCAGGCCAACCAGCGCCGGAACCCGGACACGUUCCACUUCUACCACCACCACCACCAGGCGGCGGCGUCCACCAACGCCGUCAAGGUCGACCUCUCCCACCUCGUGCUCGCCAUCCUCGACGAUCCGCUCGUCAGCCGCGUCUUCGCCGACGCCGGCUUCCGCAGCAACGAGAUCAAGGUCGCCAUCCUCCGCCCCGCGCCGCCCGUCCCGCUGCUGGCCCGCGCCGGCCUCCCCACGCGCGCCCGCCCGCCGCCGCUCUUCCUCUGCAGCUUCGCGGCCGCGGACGACGCCGACGUCCCCUCGCCCGCCGGAGCCGCGCCGGGGGAAGACAACUGCCGCCGCAUCGCCGACAUCCUCGCCCGCGGACGCAACCCCAUGCUCGUCGGCGUCGGGGCCGCGUCCGCCGCUGCAGACUUCGCCAACGCGUCACCGUACCGCAUCCUCCCCGUCGGCCCUGCCUCCGUCAAUCAAAAUCAAACGGACCUCCUCGCCGUCGCGACGCCCGGUUCUGGGAUCAUCUUCAGCAUCGGUGACCUCAAGGACCUGGUGCCCGACGAGGCCGACCUGCAGGACGCGGCUCGCAGGGUGGUGGCGGAGGUCACGCGCCUGCUCGAGACGCACAGAGCGGCCGGCCGCCACACGGUCUGGGUCAUGGGCUGGUCGGCCACCUACGAGACCUACCUCGCCUUCCUUUCCAAGUUCCCGCUCGUCGACAAGGACUGGGAACUCCAGCUGCUGCCAAUCACCGCCGUGCGCGACGCCGGCCCUGCAGCCGGACUCGUGCCUCCUCCAGCUCCAGCAACCACGGUUGCUGCCUUGUCCAUGCCUGCCACUACAAGCUUCAUGGAGUCGUUUGUUCCUUUUGGAGGUUUUCUGUGCGAUCCCUAUGAAGCAAAUUCCUGCCCUCAGGCCCUGCGAUGUCAACAGUGCAACGAUAGAUAUGAGCAAGAAGUUGCAACUAUCAUUAGAGGAAGUGGCAUUACAGCUGAAGCUCACCAAGAUGGUCUACCAUCCAUGCUGCAGAAUGGCAGCAUGAUGGGUCCUAACAAUGGGUUUGAUGUGCUCAAGGUUAGAGAUGAUCAGAUGGUAUUGAGUACGAAAAUACAGAAUCUGAAGAAGAAGUGGAAUGAGUACUGCCUACGACUCCAUCAAGGUUGCAAUAGGAUCAACAGAGAUCCAUGCCAGUUAUUUCGACAUCACAUCGAUGUUCGACAAAUAAAUGCAGACCUUGUAUUGAACCUUCAAGUCAGGCAAUCAAAGAGUGAUGAACCCCUUCAAGAUAGGGCUGUGCCAUCCCAACAUAGCAACUCAUCACAUUGCGACAACCCUGAAGAUCAUGCGGCACCAUCAUCUGCUGCACCUGUGGCCACUGACUUGGAGUUGGCCACCCCUCGUGGAUCUUCUUCCAAGGAUUCAAGUAUUGCACUGUGUAAACAUGUAAAGGAUGCUGAAGGGUCGAUCCAGCUGAUGCCCAAGAAGGUUGAUGAUCUGAAUCUUAAGCCUCACUUCUCUGUACAGCCUUACACUUGCUUCAGGAGUUCCUUAAAUCGGGAUCAAACUUCACCUAGUGCUCUGCAUUCAGCAGCUUCAGGGGGUGCUUCUGCCUUUGGCCAAUGGCAGAGGCCUUCACCCCUCCCAGCACAAAGUUAUGAUUUGAGCAAUUACAAGCUACUCAUGGAACGUCUGUUUAAGGCUGUUGGGAGGCAGGAGGAAGCCUUGAGUGCUAUUUGUGCAUCCAUUGAGCGGUGUAGGUCAAUGGAGAGGCGUCGUGGUGCAAACAAGAAGAACGACAUAUGGUUUAGUUUUUAUGGCCCGGAUAGCAUUGCCAAGCGGAGAGUUGGUGAGGCACUUGCUGAGCUGAUGCACGGUGGCUCAGAGAACCUGAUAUAUCUGGACCUAAGCCUCCAUGACUGGGGUAACCCCAAUUUCAGAGGAAAGCGUGCCACAGACUGUAUAGCUGAAGAGUUGAGAAAGAAGCGUCAUUCAGUUAUCUUCCUUGACAAUAUUGACAGGGCUGACUGCCUUGUUCAGGAGAGCCUGAUUCAUGCCAUGGAGACUGGCAGGUACAAAGAUUUGCAUGGGGGACGGGUGGCUGACCUUAAUAACUCGAUUGUGGUGUUGUCUACAAGAAUGAUCCAAGGAUGUCAGGACGCCUCUCUUGGGAUGGAAGAGGACAAUGCUUUUUCAGAAGAAAAGGUUGUGGCAGCUCGUGGACAUCAACUGAAGAUCAUAGUUGAGCCAGGCACAGCCAACAUCGGUGAAGACCCUGGAGGCAAAGUUGUAGUUUCCUCAAGGCAUUCCUUGAGAAACAGUCAAGCAUCUUUGUUCUCUAGUUCUUUGAGUAAGCGGAAGCUCCACAUCUCUGAUGGGCAAGAAAAGACAGCAGAAUCACCGAGCACUUCAAAGCGACUGCAUAGAAGAUCAAGCGUUCCAUUCGACUUGAACCUCCCAGGUGAUGAGGCUGAAGCCCAUGAUGGUGAUGAUGACAGCAGUAGCAGCCAUGAGAACUCGUCCGGUGAUCCAGAGGGAUCUGUGGGCAACCUCUUACGUUCAGUGGAUGAGUCAAUCAAUUUCAAACCAUUUGACUUUGGCAAACUUUGUGAGGACAUCCUGCAGGAGUUUAGCAGUACAAUGAGCAAGACUCUAGGCUCCAGGUGCAGGCUGGAGAUCGACGCUGUGGCUAUGGAGCAAGUAGUGGCAGCGGCAUGGGCAUCCGAUUCACAUGAGAAGAGGCCUGUGCGGACGUGGGUGGAGCAGGUGUUUGCCAGGACCCUUGAGCAGCUGAAGGUCAGGUGUAAGAAUUUGAGUAGCUCUACUCUGAGAUUGGUUGCCUGUGAGGAUGAAAUGCCGGUAAAAGAAGAUGCUUUUGGAGCUUUCCUUCCCUCGACAAUAAUUCUGGAUUGGUGAUGGUGAUAUGUGUCUGUAUAGGGUUUGCAUUAUUGCUAGCUGUAAGUAUUGUUAGCAUAUAGUACUGGUUGGCCACCCCACCCACCCAUAGUCCAUAGUAGCAUAUAGUAGUGUACUAGUAUAGCAUCAUAUCAUUAUUUGGUCGCUAAAAAAUAAUGUAAUUAAGCUGUAUGUACGUACGUAGUCUAGCAAGCUACUCGUUGAAGUCGAUGACUCGGGGCUUGGCAAAUUAGGCAGGGUCUGUCAUCAGAUCAUGAGGUUCUGACCCCUUAGCUACUUCAAAGCAUCACAAGCUGUAUUGUGAUCAUGGUUCGUCCCUCUGAUUGAUGGUUCUGAAUAAAUUGUAUUGUUGCUCGGACGUGUGUAUAUUUGUUAAUGUAUUUGCAAGGCCAUGAUGGCCUUUCUUUGUGGAAUUCCAUAUCCUGAUGCAAUUCAAA